GUGUGGAGCGGAAUCGAUUUCUGGAAUCUUUUGUGGUGAGGCCAUGGCAAGCAGAUAUGGAGACGAGUUUCGAGGCCGCGGCCGAGACCGCAGUAGGGAGCGUGGCUACAACGGAGGUGGCGGCGACAGGGGGUACGGUGGCCGAUCGGGAGGUGGAGGCUACGGCCGUGACCGCAUGGGAGGCCGUCGCGGGGAGCAGAGCGGCGGGGGUGCCGAGCAUUUGGCGCGCAUCCACGGCACCGAGGAAGACCGCGUGAACUGCCCGUUCUACUUCAAGAUUGGUGCCUGCCGACACGGUGAUCGCUGCUCCCGGCUGCACAACAAACCUGUCUUUAGCCAGACUAUCUUGGUGAGCCACAUGUAUCAGAACCCGAUCGCCCAGGUGAUCGCGCAGAAUGGAGACCCAGCCUCGUUGGACCAGCGCCAGGUGGACGAGGAUUUUGAGGACUUUUACGAGGAGGUCUUCGAGGAGCUGUGCAAGUUUGGCAAGUUGGAGGAGCUUAACAUUUGCGACAACCUGGGCGACCACCUCGUCGGCAAUGUGUACGCCAAGUACGAGGACGAGGAGCACGCUGCGGCGGCGCAGAAGGCUUUGUAUGGCCGCUUCUAUGCAGGUCGGCCGCUCGUGUGCGAGUUCUCGCCGGUGACAGAUUUCAGGGAAGCACGCUGCCGCCAGUUCGAUGAGGGAACGUGCAACCGCGGCGGCUAUUGCAAUUUCAUGCACAUCAAGACGGUGUCACGAUCGAUGCAGCGCGAACUAGAGAGAAUGUUCAACCGUGGCCGACGUGACAAAAGUCGCAGCAGGAGCAGGAGCAGAAGCAGAAGCCGCAGCACAAGCCGCGGACGUGGACGGAAUGCACGGGGCCGAUCCCGUUCGCGCAGUGGAUCGCACGAUGCUCUGAAGGGCGAUUCCUCCCGUCGUAAGGGCAGUCGUAGCCACUCUCCGUCGCCUGCGAAGAAAGACCGCCGUAGUCGCUCACGCAGUCACAGUCCGCGAUCUCCUGCUCGGGGCUCGAAGCGUGAUCCCCCUAGGAAGGAAGGGGGCGCCGCGGAGAAGAAGGAUUGAGGGCUUUUUCAAUUACAGACUAGUUCUCUUAUUCGUUGUUGCCUAGGCGGGUUUGCCCAAGUGCGGAUAAGAGGAGCCACUGGAUGUCGUGCUAUCGAAGUAGUGUUGAUGCGGCCCGCGAUGUACAUGCAAUGGUGCUGUGACUGACUGGUGCUGUGACUGACUGCUGCGCUAUCUCGUCAGAUUUCAGAGAUGACACCAAAUGCAGCGUUUAACAUCCUCAGCACAAUCCAGAUCUGUGAAGCAUUUGCAGCUAGCACAGCCCAGCAGACCGUAGGUCAAAGUGACUACGUAGUGGUUAAAAGUGUUGUCAGCAGGCCGAAAGGUGCUUUAUAGUAGUAGCUUGAAAACAUUUCCUACAGAAUAGCAGGAACACCGUAGUCUAGCGCUAAUACUGUCGUCUACUAGUAAAAGCCAUUAUCAUAAAAAGCGUCCUGCAUAUGCUGCUUCCGCUUGCGAUCCCCC